UGCUUUAAUAGACGGCCAUGGCCUUUGAAUAAACAAUACUCACGCAACAGACAGAGCUCUCGAACAGCAAAAAUGAAGAAGACACUCUCGCUUAUCUUCAUCAUGCUGAUGGUCCUACUGGUUCACGCAGAUCUGAGCAGAGCAACCUCAGGGAACCUCAACCACAGCUUCACCGCCGAGUGCGGCUCCGGCGACUGCCUCAUCGGCGAUGAAGUCGACGUGGUCGCCGAGUUCCAGAUGAAUUCUCACGCAGCAAGGAUGCUUUACGAUGUCAGCAGGUCUAUCACUGGGAGAACACCGAACCGCGAUCAGGCUUCUGUGGAUUGCCCUCAAACACAAGGAUACCGAACCUGCCUUCCCACUGCAAAUGGAGGGGCUCCGAGACAAAAAUGCGGCGAUUACACUCGAAACUGCUGAGAAAUUAGUCAGUGUCUUGUGGUUUGAUUAAAAAUUGUGAUCUGAUGGUGUUUGUUGCUCUGUUUUAACGCUUUCGGUUCCCCUUUAUAUGUAAUUCUGGGUUUUUACCACUUUCUGUGUAUCGUGAGAGAGAAUAAUAAUGAAUCGCACCUGUAAUAAAAUAAUAAGAGAUUGUGAUUAGAAGUAAUUUCUGUAGCACACGGAUUUAAUACGACCGAUCAAUUUCCGCAU